UGAAGGAGUGCGGGACCAAAGUCGAGUGCCCAUAACGCACAUGGCAAUGAGUUCGGCGAGUCCGAGCCCAGCUGCACUGCUGCUGGCCGCGUUGAUAUUAUCGACGACGAUGGCAGGUACGAGAGGUAACGUAACCGAGACCGUCACUUCGAUUAACAGUGGCAGCACGAUUGUUACCACCACAACAGCAAGGAGCAGCAGUAGCUGGAUGGCGAUAUCGAGCUCUGUCGAAGUGGUUGCCGAUCAGAGGAUGAGUUGGCGAAACGGAACCGAUGAAACGCCUAAAACCAUCGACGUAUCUACAACGACAAGUAGUAGUAUCGAAGGCUUGCCUACUGCUGGAAUUAACAGCCAUUAUGUCGUUGAUAGAGAGACUGUCACAGCCAGCACCGAUAAGCCCGCCACGGCCCCUCGAUCCGAUAAUAUUAUCCAGGAGAAUAUCGGUCUCCAGAACCAACCGCAUCAGGAGCAGCUAAUAGGCCUCGUCGAUAACGUUACGGAUCAUUACACAUCGGAAACACCGACGACAACGACGACUACGCUGUCGCCGACAGCAAUGACGACGACGACUAAUAAGCGAAACAGUAUUUUUCAAGAGGCAGCGUCGACGACAGUCAAGGCUAUUGACACGACUACGACGAAGCCCAUUGAAUUUUCAAAGCCGAUGCUCAGGACGACGUCGGUAGCAACCACGAGGUUGGCAACGGCUAAGCCAGCUAGCAUAGCGCCGAUGAAUUCGGAGCCAGGAGGGAAGAGCUCGAGGACGAGGAAUGAACUGCUUAGUGGAAAUUUUCAUGAAAUCAAGCCCGCCCAAAAGGUCAUUACGAAGAUGGCAGGUUAUUUUGGGGGUAAAAUCGUCAAGCCGAAUGUUCCCUCGGCGCUGGGAAAAUAUACGCCGUACUUCGAGGACGGCCAGGAGGAGCUGAAUAUGACGGCCCGGAUCGGCAACACCGUCAUUUUGGACUGCGAAAUCGGCAUGCUCGGCAACAAAACGGUGACGUGGUCACACCACACCGUCGAUGUCAUUCGUCUACUCACGUUCGGCCGCAACGCGUACAGCGUCGAUCAGAGAAUAAGUUUAUCCUUCAAGUAUCCAACGAAUUGGAGACUAAAAAUCCAGUAUGCGACUCCACGUGAUUCUGGAUUGUACGAGUGCCAAGUCGCGACUUAUCCUCCCUUGGUGAAGAAAAUUCACCUCCUCGUAACGGCUCCAAUACUCGUAAUAAUGGAUGACUCUGGUAGAAUAAAGUCCGGCGAGCGGCACUUGAAAGCCGGCAGUGCUUUGCGCCUGCGGUGCGAAGCUCGGGACAUUCCGGAGCAAUACAAUGAGACAGUCAUUUGGACCAGAGGAGAAGAAAUCCUCAGCGAAGACGUUAACGAAAACCGAACCGUCGACACUCUGGACGGCCGGGAGGUGCAAGUUAUCGUCAUUACGCUCGUGAUAGAGAGGGCAACGCCACGCCACGCGGGAAACUACAGCUGCGUCGUACCUGAAAAGGCUAGAGCCACGGUGGCAGUUCACGUGCUGAACGGAGAGCUGCCAGCUGCAGUGCACGACGGGAACGGGGUUUCCCGAUCGGUCUUUAAUCUCUGGCUUAUCCAUUUGACUGUUAGCUACGUCUUUUCCAGAUGACAGUUCUAAGAGCCAAUCACGUCAACGUACACAUAUUGGAAGGAACUGCCGGCUGGACGUUGAUUCGCGCCAGACCGUCAGCUGCAGCCCGCGUCAGUUGGAGUUGUCGCGAAAAAUUGUGUAAAAAUAAGGCAGUGCAUAUUUAUACGGGCCCGAGCGAGGAGAGGACAAAAAACAAGGUUGUACGAAAAAUGAAAAGCAAUUGCCAACGAUGUAAAAUAGCAUAGAGAGAGAGAAAAAAGAGAGCA